CAUCAUAUGUUAGGAACAUUCCGCGUGCAAACACUCUGGCUAUACAUUUGUUUGAAAGUUUUUGCAAUUACACAUUUAAAAAUUCGCUGCUAUUUAAUUUAAUUUAUAGCAACGGAAACUUAAUUUGUCAUGGGUGAUCAGACCGGUAUAGAAAAUACUUGGGACAGUGAUCCUAAAGCGUGGUCUAAACCCAUUAAACCAUUGGAGGAGAAGUGGAAAUUGGUGCCGGCAUUUUUGCAAGUCAAAGGCCUAGUCAAACAGCAUAUUGAUUCCUUCAAUCAUUUUGUUAAUGUGGAUAUUAAAAAAAUAGUCGAAGCUAAUCAAACAGUAAUCAGUGAUGCAGAUCCACUUUUUUACCUAAAAUAUUUAGAUGUACGUGUUGGAACACCUGAUAUCGAGGAUGGGUACAAUAUCACAAAAGCUACUACACCACAUGAAUGCCGAUUGCGUGAUACAACUUAUUCUGCACCCAUCACAGUCGAUAUCGAAUAUACGCGUGGAGCACAGCGUAUCAUCAGAAAUAACCUUUUAAUUGGACGCAUGCCGGUGAUGUUGCGUUCGUCGAAUUGUGUGCUAUCAGGGAAAUCGGAGUUUGAACUGGCCAAAAUGAAUGAAUGUCCACUAGAUCCAGGUGGUUAUUUCGUUGUACGUGGGCAAGAAAAAGUUAUCCUCAUUCAGGAACAAUUAUCUUGGAAUAAAAUGAUUACCGAAGAGUUUAAUGGUACGGUGCAAUGUCAAGUGACAUCGUCUACACACGAAAAGAAAUCACGUACUUUGGUACUGAGUAAACAUGGUAAAUACUAUCUAAAGCACAAUUCCAUGACGGACGAUAUACCGAUUGCGGUAAUAUUUAAGGCUAUGGGUGUAACAUCCGACCAAGAAGUAAUGUCUUUGAUUGGAACAGAUACUGAGACUCAAAACCGAUUUGCACCCUCUCUUUUGGAGUCAUUUCAAUUGAAGGUUUUCACACAACAACGCGCACUGGAGUAUAUGGGCUCUAAACUGGUUGUAAAGCGUUUUCAAAGUGCAGCAAAUAAAACACCGGCCGAAGAAGCUCGUGAAUUACUUACCACCACCAUAUUGGCCCACGUUCCAGUUGAGAACUUCAACUUCCAAAUUAAAUCGAUUUAUGUGUCGUUGAUGGUGCGUCGUGUUAUGGCUGCUGAACUGGAUUCAACUGCCUUUGACGAUCGUGAUUACUACGGCAAUAAACGUUUGGAGUUGGCUGGUUCGCUAAUAUCAUUGAUGUUCGAGGAUCUUUUCAAGCGCAUGAAUUGGGAAUUGAAAAUGAUUGCCGACAAAAAUAUACCCAAAGUUAAGGCGGCUCAAUUCGAUGUGGUGAAGCAUAUGCGUGCUGCUCAAAUAACUGUUGGCUUGGAAUCGGCUAUUUCAUCUGGCAAUUGGACAAUUAAACGUUUCAAAAUGGAACGUGCAGGUGUUACACAAGUGCUGUCACGUUUAAGUUACAUUUCUGCGUUAGGUAUGAUGACGCGUGUCAACUCACAAUUCGAGAAAACGCGUAAAGUUUCUGGUCCUCGUUCACUACAGCCAAGUCAAUGGGGUAUGUUGUGCCCCUCCGAUACGCCCGAAGGUGAAGCUUGUGGUUUGGUUAAGAACUUGGCGCUAAUGACACACAUAACGACAGAAGUGGACGAAGGUCCAGUUAUACGUUUAGCUUUUAAUGCUGGUGUGGAGGACAUACGCUUAAUUGGCGGCGAUGUAAUUAACAAUUCCAAAGUUUUCUUGGUGUUUAUAAAUGGUAACAUUCUCGGUCUGACAAUUAGCUAUAAACGGUUGGUGCAAGUCUUUCGCAUGAUGCGUCGCAAAGGCCGUCUAGGACCGUUCGUUUCCAUACACACAUCGCACACACAGCGUUGUGUCUACAUACAUACAGAUGGCGGUCGACUCUGUCGUCCCUAUAUUAUAGUCACAAAUGGCAAACCAGCUGUGGAACAGCGUCACAUUGAAGAACUGAAGCGCGGUGUACGUAAAUUUGAGGACUUCCUGCACGAUGGUUUAGUAGAAUAUCUUGAUGUGAACGAAGAAAACGAUUCAUUUAUUGCCUGGAAUGAAGCCGAUAUCACUGCCGAUGCUACAACACAUUUGGAAAUAGAACCGUUCACCUUAUUGGGUGUUUGUGCGGGACUUGUCCCUUAUCCACAUCACAAUCAGAGUCCACGUAACACCUACCAAUGUGCUAUGGGUAAACAGGCGAUGGGAGUUAUUGGUUAUAACCAGAAAAAUCGGAUCGAUACACUUAUGUAUAAUUUAGUUUAUCCGCAAGCGCCUAUGGUUAAGUCGAAGACCAUUGAACUGACAGGAUUCGAUAAAUUGCCUGCUGGUCAGAAUGCCACAGUAGCAGUAAUGAGUUACUCCGGUUAUGAUAUUGAAGAUGCGCUCAUUCUCAACAAGGCGUCGAUAGAUCGCGGUUAUGGACGUUGUUUGAUUUAUAAGAACUCCAAAUGCACUGUUAAACGUUAUGCAAAUCAGACAUACGAUCGUAUUAUGGGCCCUGUGAAGGACGCACUCACCAAUAAGGUUAUUUUCAAACACGAUGCACUGGAUACCGACGGCAUUGUAGCGCCGGGAGAAAUGGUUGUAAAUAAACAGAUUUUGAUUAACAAAGAAAUGCCGGCGGUGACUUCAAUCAAUCCCAUAGAGCAGUCUGGACAGACAUCGCAGAUCUCUUAUACGGCAGUGCCUAUCUCGUACAAAGGUCCCGAACCUAGUUAUAUCGAAAAAGUUAUGGUGUCAGCUAACGGUGAAGAAGACUUUCUUAUCAAAAUACUUUUGCGUCAAACUCGUCGUCCUGAAAUCGGCGACAAGUUCAGUUCGCGUCACGGUCAAAAGGGUGUUACCGGUUUGAUUGUUGAUCAAGAAGACUUGCCAUUCAACGAUUAUGGUAUAUGUCCCGAUAUGAUUAUGAAUCCACAUGGUUUCCCCAGUCGUAUGACAGUGGGUAAGUCGCUCGAAUUGCUGGGUGGCAAGGCCGGUCUGUUAGAAGGCAAAUUCCAUUAUGGCACCGCUUUCGGUGGUUCCAAAUGUAAGGACAUACAGGAUGAGCUCUUCAAGCACGGCUUUAAUUAUAUGGGCAAAGACUACUUCUACUCGGGUAUUACUGGUGAAUCGCUGGAAGCUUACAUAUACUCCGGUCCCGUGUAUUAUCAGAAACUGAAGCAUAUGGUGCAGGAUAAAAUGCAUGCGCGUGCACGUGGUCCAAAAGCGGUGCUCACACGUCAACCCACACAAGGUCGCAGUCGAGAAGGUGGUUUGCGUUUGGGUGAAAUGGAACGUGAUUGCUUGAUUUCAUACGGUGCCAGCAUGUUGAUUAUGGAACGUUUAAUGAUUUCAUCCGAUGCAUUUGAUGUGGAUGUCUGUAAGACUUGUGGCCGUUUGGCAUAUUGCUCGUGGUGUCACUACUGUCAGUCCUCGGCGAAUGUAUCGAAAAUUUCCAUGCCAUAUGCCUGUAAGCUACUCUUCCAAGAACUGACCAGUAUGAAUGUGGUGCCGAAAUUGAAGCUUCAAAAUUAUUAAGUUUUUCCUAAUACUAAGUUAAGUGUUUCUUUUUUUGUUUUUGAUAAUGUUGAAAGUAAAUUUGGUAUUUACUUUACUGCGAAAUAUAUAAUUAUAUAAAAUAUGGA